AUGAGGCAGCAUAGAAAUGAAAAUAAUGAUGGUGUUAAUGCUUCAGUACAACUCUACAUUUUAGCAUCUUUAGCCCCAGGGGAACCAGAGAUUCCAACUAUGCAGCUGGUGAGUUCCUCCAUAGAAUCUGGAAGAGGCAGAUGUCCUUACAGCCCUCAUGAGCCUUUCAUAGGGCUGCUCAUAGAUGGGGAGUUUUAUUCAGGCUCUUCCAUCGACUUCAUGGGGAGCAGUGCUGCCUUUUUCCGGACACAGCUCGAUAGGGCCGACCAGAACUACAUCCGGACAGAGCAGAAUCAGGAUUAUUGGCUGAAUGAACCUGUGUUCAUUGGUGCCUAUGCCAUUCCUGACACCUUCAGCCAUGAUGAUGAUAAAGUAUACUUCUUUUUCCGGGAGACUGCAGUGGAAGCUGGACAAUGGGAGAAAAGACGCACCCAUGCCAGGGUGGCACGUGUUUGCAAGAAUGACGUUGGUGGGAAACACAGCCUCAUUAACCGUUGGAGCACCUUCCUUAAAGCUCGGCUGGUCUGCUCUAUCCCAGGUCUGCAUGGCAUCCAGACGCACUUUGAUCAGCUGGAGGAUGUCUUCCUCCUAAACACCCGUACUGUGCAGAACCCUCUUCUUUAUGGCCUCUUCACAGUGUCCAGCGGCAUUUUUACUGGCUCUGCAGUGUGCGUUUAUUCCCUGGCAGCCAUUCGGGCUGCUUUCAAUGGUCCAUUUGCACAUAAGGAAGGCUUGGACUACCAGUGGGUGGCGUACAAAGGACGGGUUCCUUAUCCCCGUCCUGGAACGUGUCCCAGUGAAACAUACGACCCUCUCCUUCAGUCAACAAAGGACUUUCCUGAUGAAGUGAUAAGCUUCAUGCGCACCCACCACCUGAUGUGGGAGUCUGUCUAUCCACUCCAUAGGAAACCCAUUCUGAUGAGAGUCAAUGUGCCCUUCCAGAUCCGGCAUCUGUUGGUGGACAGGGUGGAGACAGAAGCUGGGCAUGUUGAUGUCCUCUUCCUUGGAACAGAUGAAGGCAAACUGCUGAAGGUGGGGAUUGCUGGCGUCGGAGGCCAGGACCCGCAGGAGAUUAGUCUGGAAGAGAUCGGUGUUGCAAAGAGACCUUCAGCCAUCUUAGACCUGCAGCUUUCUCAAAAGAGGCAGGAAGUCUUCGUGAGCAGCGGCACUGGCGUACUGCAGCUCUCCCUGUUCCGUUGUGAGCUUUAUGGCAAAGCCUGUGCCGACUGCUGCCUUGCUAGGGAUCCCCACUGCACCUGGGAUGGCAAGUCCUGCAGGCCCUUCCUGCUCACUAAGAAAAGGCAAGCUCAGUGCCACAAUAUACCGAGGGCCAACCCGAUCCGUCAGUGCCAGGAUGCUGCAAAAGAAAUUCCUGUGGCUGAUGAAAAGGUGGUAUUUGGUGUACAGAACAACUCGACAUUUCUGGAGUGCCUUCCACAUUCUCCCCAGACCUCAGUUCAUUGGCUCGUGCAGCACAGCAGUUCAGCAGCCCUGGAAGAGAUUGAGAGCACUGGCCGUUUUGUGGUCCUACAGCAAGGCCUGCUGAUUAGUCAGCUGACACAGGAGGAUGCCGGGAUCUACCAGUGCCAAGGAAUGGAGCACUCCUUCUCGCAAACCCUCGCCUACUACAACUUGCACAUCAUCAGGCACCAGGCCAUGGAAGCAUUCGCCUCUACGCUUAGGCAGGGCACAGAAGCAGCCGGAGGCCCCCACAGCACCAUCUCGAUGUCAGAGCUGCAGCGGCAUCACAAAGGCUAUUCGUGGGCAUUGGGCGCGCCUGGAACCAGCCUGGACGAGCUUUGCAGCACUCUCGAGCAAAGGAAAAGACGGAGGCAAAAGAACUGGAACCCCAAGUGGCAGCUGCAUCCCUCAGGAAGCAAGAAAGGCCGCGUGCGUCGGCAGCCUGAGCCUCUGUGA